UGUCAGUGGACAAUUAUUUUGCCAUCACCGUGAAAUUCGGUUUGGAUCUAGUACAAUAAUAAUUGGCGGGAAAACGAACUGUGGGGGACGUGAUGCUUUUAACGUCGACGCGACGUUUCGCCCUGAACAGAUUUGAUAGAUGGACUUAUUUCAAGCAGUACAGUGCAUAUUACUCCCUAGGCUCAAAUGAUUCAUCGGAAGAUAAGUCUCAACAGUCUUGGUGGAGUGGGAAAAAUGCAUGGAAAAUAGGUUGUUUUACUUUGGGAUGUUCCAGUUUGUUUGCGGUUGGGUUUGCCGUGGCUACUUGGGGUCCCCCGAAAAAGGAUGAUAACGGAGUUGAAAUUGAAGACAAUUUUAGUCGAAAACCAAUUAUCUGGGGGUACCUUUGUCGAACGUUCAGUUCUCUGCUUGAAUUUAACCAAAGCAUAAAGGAUCCUGUUAGUGAAAAACUCCUUCCAGAUCCAGUACAACCUCCAUAUUACCAACCACCAUAUACUCUUGUUCUGGAGAUGACCGACGUGCUUGUUCACCCUGAUUGGAAGUUUCGCUCAGGUUGGCGCUUUAAGAAAAGGGCAGCGUUAGAUUUGUUUUUGCAACAGCUAUCUCCUCACUAUGAGGUUGUUGUCUAUACAAACGAAUCAGUAAUGAUUGGAGGUCCUGUCUUGGCUCAGAUGGAUCCUCAAGGACAGUUUAUUCAUUUUCGACUGUUUCGCGAAGCAACCCGCUAUAAAGGAGGAAAACACAUCAAGGAUCUGUCAUGUCUUAAUAGAGAUCUCUCUCGUGUGGUGUUCGUUGACUGGGAUCCUGCUGCAGCUCAGUUGCAACCACGCAAUUCACUGAUUAUAAAACGUUGGGAUGGCGAUGAGUCAGACAGAGAAUUGAUAGACUUAGCUGCCUUCCUAAGAAUGAUUGCAAUGGGGAGUGUAGAUGAUGUUCGCCUUGUGCUAGAUUACUACAGAGAGUUUGAUGAUCCUCUAGCCUUCUUCCGUGAAAAGCAUGAAGAACUUAUGGAAAUUCAAGCCAAACGUAAACAGGAAACAGAAAAAGCCUUAUCGAAACGCAUUCGACCAACAUUUUCAUUUACUGGUAUGGCUAGAUCCUGAUAUUAUUGAUUUUACCAGCAAUAACAUCUCAGAACGUUGUACAGGAAUAAUCCUCAAGUGGAUUUUGAAAUCCUCUUGUUUUUAUAUAAAUAUAAUCUUAUGUGCUUGAA